AUGGCUGCAUCUACCAGUCCUACACUGAACGAAGAUGUCGAGAAGAACGCGUCCAGCCGUGACUAUUCCCCUCCCUUCAGCUUGGACAAUGGGAAAAUUGAAGAGGAACGGCGCCCGUCUGUCUUCGCCUCUGACCGGGCCACCCAGCUGCGCCAGGGCAGUGUCACGGUGCACCACGACGGAUUCUUCUCGUCGUUCAAGCCGUCGAGCUUCAAACGGAACCCCAAUGCCAGAGUGGUGACCGAAGCCACGGACAGCGAAGGACGGCCUCUGAAGGACCAGCCCCCGGCCGAACCUGCGCUGGCCAUGACGCUGAAACAGAGACAUUUGCAGAUGAUUGCGAUCGGCGGUUCCAUCGGCACCGGUCUUUUCGUCGGGUCCGGCUCGGCUCUGGCCACAGGCGGCCCGGCGUCUCUUGUCAUCGCUUAUGGCUUGAUCGGGACCAUGUUGUACUGCACUGUCCACGCGCUGGGAGAGCUGGCGGUCCUCUUCCCCAUCGCCGGGGCCUUCUCAGUGUAUUCCAGCCGCUUCAUCGAUCCGGCCUGGGGGUUCGCCAUGGGCUGGAACUAUGCGUUGAACUGGUUGGUCACGCUGCCACUUGAGUUGACGGCCGCCUCCAUCACCCUGUCGUACUGGCAAGGUGCUAGAGACGUCAAUCCUGCUGCGUGGGUCAUUAUCUUCUGGGCCGCGGUGGUGUUGAUCAACUUCUUCGGCGUGCGUGGGUAUGGCGAGGCCGAAUUCGUCUUUUCCAUCAUCAAAGUCGUCGCGGUCAUCGGCUUCUGUAUCCUCGGCAUCAUCAUUGCAACCGGCGGCGUCCCAGGCAGUCCUCAGGGAUACCUGGGAGCGCAUUACUGGUAUGAUCCGGGGGCAUUCAACCACGGGUUCAAGGGCCUGUGCUCGACCUUUGUCACGGCCGCUUUUUCGUUCGGUGGCACCGAACUCGUCGGCUUGACUGCAGCAGAGACCGAAAAUCCUCGCAAGUCUCUCCCGACGGCCGUCAAGCAGGUCUUCUGGCGUAUCUGCUUGUUUUAUAUGGUCAGCUUGACGAUCAUCGGCUGUAUCGUACCCUACAACGACGACGAGCUGCUGAACGGGGCGAGCAGCACGGACGCCAACGCCUCGCCGUUUGUGAUUGCGGUCAAGAACGCCGGCAUCACGGCGGUGCCGUCGAUCAUGAACGCGGUGAUCCUGAUUGCGGUGCUCAGCGUAGGCAACUCGUCCAUCUACGGAUCUUCGCGGACGCUGGCUGCGCUGGCGGAUCGCGGCCAAGCGCCCAAGUUCCUGGGGUACAUCGACCAGGCGGGCCGACCGCUGUUCGCGAUCAUCCUGGCCUCUUUCAUUGGGCUGUUGUGUUUCAUUGUCGCCGCGGGCACCGACACGCGCACGCAGGCGUUCAACUGGAUGCUGGCCAUUUCGGGCCUGUCGUCCAUCGUGACCUGGGCGUCGAUCUGCGCGUGCCACAUCCGGUUCCGCGCCGCGUGGAAGUACAACGGCCGCAGCACCAGCGAGCUGGCGUUCAAGUCGCAGCCGGGCCUGGUCGGGUCGUGGAUCGGGCUGGGCUUGAACGUGUUGAUCCUGAUCGCGCAGUUCUGGACCGGCUUCGCGCCCGUCGGAUACGCCAGCAUGACGGCCGGCGCACGCGUCGAGUCCUGGUUCGAGGCUUACCUGUCGGCGCCCAUAAUUGUCCUCUUCUACAUCGUCUUCAAGCUGUGGAAGAGACCGGCGUUCAAACGCGUCCCGGACAUCGACAUCACCAGUGGUAGGAGGGAACUCGAUCUGUCCGAGGUGCUGGCCGAGGAGAGAGCCGAGCAGGCCAAAUGGCCGUGGUGGAAGAAGGCUUGGAAGACUGUCUGCUAG